AUGUCGCUAGUGGUGCUAUUGGGCUGCGAAGAGGCCGAUGCGGUGGUUCAGGCCAGCGAUUGUGUUGCACCAGCCGACGAUGGCGCCCACAGCUCCAUCUGGCAGGUUCACAAGAGUUCAGUGCCAGAUCCAAACCUAUCCACGGCAGUCGUGCUCGAUCAAUUCCAUGAUCGUAACUUUGCCGCCUAUGCCGUGGCUCUGCCCAUUCACAGACUGUGCCUCGGUCUGCUCGCGCACAUGACCGACAUCACGGCCACCCAUGCCCUGGAGUACCGGUUGCCCAUUCAACCGUGUCUCUUACGUUUACUCGAAGAUCCCCUCAUAUCAUUUUUGCAACCCGAGCGCUGGUUCAUCGCAUCGCUGCGCGUGGUACAUCUGGCUUCUUGCUGUAGUGCCCGGCAUGCCAGCUACGUCAACAUACCAGCAGUCAAGGACGCCGACAAGGGCAAGCAGUUGGCUUUACAAGAGGAAUACAUCACCUUGUUGUCACAUCAGCUGCAUUCACAGCAAGAAUACUACGACGAACAGAUACGCCGCCUGCAUGCCGCUGCCGCCGAUGUACAUCGCAAUGGUCAAGCCGAUGCCAAGCGGCUCCGUCAAAUGCAAAUCAGCCAGGAGAUGCAGCUCAAGAACCUGCGCCAGCGACAAGAAGAGCUGCGUGCACAACACGAUUUGCUUCGCGCUCGCCUUGCUCAGACCAUCGGGCAGCUUGUGACCAAGCGCAAGGUUUGA